AUGAUAUCACGUUUCUCUGGGCAGAUAACUGGGCCAUUUGAUGCAGAGCUUGUCAAGGCUCUGCCCAACUCAUUAGCAUACAUUUGCCACAAUGGUGCCGGAUAUGACAAUAUUGAUACCACAGCCUGCUCAGAGCGAGGAAUCCGCGUCUCAAGCACACCAAUUGCCGUCAACAAUGCUACUGCAGAUAUCACAAUGUUUUUGAUGCUUGGCGCUCUGAGACAGGCAUAUGUUCCGAUAUCCGCCAUCCGGGCCGGUCAAUGGCAGGGAAAGACCAAAUUAGGCCAUGAUCCCCAGAUGAAGGUGCUUGGUAUCUUGGGAAUGGGUGGCAUUGGCAGGGAAGUAUCGCGCCGAGCCAAAGUAUUUGGCAUGAGGGUUAUCUACCAUAACCGAAAUCGCCUUUCCCCAGCCCUGGAAGAAGGAGCAUACUACGUCUCCUUCGACCAGCUACUGGCCCAGUCUGACGUACUCAGCCUCAAUCUCUCGCUCAAUGCAACCACCCGUCACAUCAUCUCCCAUCGGGAGUUUGCAAAAAUGAAGGAUGGCGCGGUGAUUGUGAACACUGCGCGAGGGGCGCUGAUUGACGAAAAAGCGCUCGUCUCCGCUUUGAAAUCUGGAAAGGUGAGUUCGGCUGGGCUCGACGUAUACGAGAACGAGCCGUGCAUCGAACCAGAGCUGCUGGAUAACCCCAAGGUGAUGCUGCUCCCUCACAUCGGAACCGCAACAUACGAGACCCAGAAGGAAAUGGAACUGCUGGUCCUCGAAAAUCUGCGAUCGUGUCUCCAAUCGGGGAAAUUGAUCACGCCUAUUCCGGAGCAGCGAGAUGCAUGGAAGAGCCAGGCCGGCACCGGCAUCAGCAAUUGCAAUGGCAACAACAACGGCACAAAUGGACGACAGAAUAAUGGACGCAACGGUCACAACGGACACGUAUUCCAUGGACACAUCUAG